ACUUAGCGGCACAGCCACAGAGCACCACAGGAUGGCCACUUCCUGGCUACUCUGUGCUCACCCAUGUCGCCUCCACCUGGUCGUAAGCCGGGAUUGAGCCGCUGCCCGACACUGAAGGGAUCCGGGAGUUGAGGGCGGGAGGGAAUUGGAAACUACUGGCGGGAGACGCGGAAGCAGGGCGGUGGGGAGCCGAACCUUGGAGGAGGGCCCUCUGAGAGACUCCCUCCCGCCGCCAGGCAUCGCAGGCAGAGCUUUCACACACCUGAAAGAAGAGAAUGUCAAGACGCAGUAGCCGUUUACAAGCUAAGCAGCAGCAGCAACCCCAGCCCAGCCAGACGGAUUCCCCUCCAGAAGCCCAGAUAAUUCAGGCCAAGAAGAGAAAAACAACCCAGGAUGUCAAAAAAAGAAAAGAGGAGGUCACCAAGAGACAUCAGUAUGAGAUUAGGAAUUGUUGGCCACCUGUAUUAUCUGGAGGGAUCAGUCCUUGUAUAAUCAUUGAAACACCCCACAAAGAAAUAGGAACAAGAGACUUCUCCAGAUUUACAAAUUACAGAUUUAAAAAUCUUUUUAUUAAUCCUUCACCUUUGCCUGAUUUAAGUUGGGGAUGCUCAAAUGAUGUUUGGCUAAACAUGCUAAAAAAAGAGACUAGAUAUGUUCAUGACAAACAUUUUGAAGUUCUGCAUUCUGACCUGGAACCACAGAUGAGGUCAAUACUUCUAGACUGGCUUUUAGAGGUAUGUGAAGUAUACACACUUCAUAGAGAAACAUUUUACCUCGCACAAGACUUUUUUGACAGAUUUAUGUUGACACAAAAGGAUAUAAAUAAAAAUAUGCUUCAGCUCAUUGGAAUUACCUCAUUAUUCAUUGCUUCCAAACUUGAGGAAAUCUAUGCUCCUAAGCUCCAAGAGUUUGCUUAUGUCACUGAUGGUGCCUGCAGUGAAGAGGAUAUCUUAAGAAUGGAACUUAUUAUAUUAAAGGCUUUAAAAUGGGAACUCUGUCCUGUAACAGUCAUCUCCUGGCUAAAUCUCUUCCUCCAAGUUGAUGCUCUUAAAGAUGCUCCUAAAGUUCUUCUACCUCAGUAUUCUCAGGAAAAGUUCAUUCAAAUAGCUCAGCUUCUAGAUCUGUGUAUUCUAGCCAUCGACUCAUUAGAAUUCCAGUACAGAAUCCUGGCUGCCGCUGCCUUGUGCCAUUUUACCUCUAUUGAAGUGGUUAAGAAAGCCUCAGGUUUGGAAUGGGACAACAUUUCUGAAUGUGUAGACUGGAUGGUGCCUUUUGCCAGUGUAGUAAAAAGUACUAAUCCUGUGAAGCUGAAGAUUUUUAAGAAGAUUUCUAUGGAAGACAGACACAAUAUCCAGACACAUACAAAUUAUCUGGCUAUGCUGGAUGAAGUAAAUUAUGUAAACACCUUUCAAAAGGGGGGACAGUUGUCACCAGUGUGCAGUGGAGGCAUUAUGACACCACCGAAGAGCACUGAAAAACCACCAGGAAAAUACUAACGAAGGUUAACUAAGCAAACAAGUUGGAAUUGACCAUUGGUAGAAUUUCCUAGAACUGAACUACUAAAGUUUUCAGGAAAAUAGUGCUAUGACUGUCCUAGCCAAUUCAGAAGUUUCACUGCCAUUCUUCGAUUUUAAAAAACCACUUAAAAUUGGCAUUAAGGAAGAAAUUCCUACGUUAGCUGUUUAAACAGCGGGACUUGUUUACAAAGAUGACUUCAUUCCCAAGG